UCCGUCAGCCACGCCUGCGCCAUAAAGCCUAGGGGCGGGCCCAGCCGGCGGUGGGAGGCGGGGAAAAGCGACGCAACCAGCAGCGACGCCAUUUGCUGCUGCCGAGCGUGGGCGCAGGCGGAUCUCUUAAGACCUAGGUCGCGAGCCUCUCCCGCGCACGCUGCCUGGCCUCCAGCACCUGCUUUAUCCUGCGCGCUCUCUCGUGUCGCCCCUCGGAGCAGCAGCCGCCGCGACCGCCGCCACCCGGAAAGAAGUCAGAGACGCCGCGAGGUCGCUGCCACCGCCAUGCCCAAGAAUAAAGAGUAUGCUCAGGUGAUCAAAAUGUUGGGAAAUGGACGGCUAGAAGCAAUGUGCUUCGAUGGUGUAAAGAGGUUAUGUCACAUCAGAGGAAAAUUGAGAAAAAAGGUUUGGAUAAAUACCUCCGAUAUAAUAUUGGUUGGUCUCCGAGACUACCAGGAUAACAAAGCUGAUGUAAUUUUAAAAUACAAUGCAGACGAAGCUAGAAGUCUGAAGGCAUAUGGCGAGCUUCCAGAGCAUGCUAAAAUCAAUGAAACUGAUACAUUUGGUCCGGGAGAUGAUGACGAAAUUCAGUUCGAUGACAUUGGAGAUGAUGAUGAAGAUAUUGAUGACAUCUAAACUGAACUCAAGAUUUUACAUUCCAUCUUUUCUGAAGGUUGUCCUGCAAUUUGGAUUUUGGCCAUGACAAAGAAGAUUAAAAUUUCAUUAGCAUGAAUACAGUUUGUUAAAACAGACUGAUUUGUUCCUAAGGUAUUUUUAUUUCUUUUAAAACUGGUAAUACUGAAUUAUCUUAAGUAAGAUGUUAAGCCCACUUUGCUCUUUUAAUAUAGUGGAGCUUAUGGGUAGAAGACCACGUCUACUAUUUAAAAAAAAAAAUAGAUUGCUGCUUUUCCUACCACUUCCAAUAAGAAAAUGGAUGUUUUAAAGAAAUAAUUUGCCUUGUCCUCAUUAUGGAAUAUGAUUAAGCCUGGCCUCUUGAUUGUAUAGAGUCAUUGUGUAUAUUCCAAUUACCUAGGUAUUCCCUUAAGAUUUUGAUACAGUUUGAGGGAGGAAGAAAUCUGCAUUUGAAGUAAAAAAUAAGUCUUGUCAUAUUUAAGUAGCCUAUGGCUAUUUUUAUACUGAUUUUGAUAUCAUGUGUUCUUUUCAUAAUCAUAUUUUGCCACCAUAAUCAUAUCAAAAAAAACGCAUUUCCAAAAUGCAGUUUUCAGAACUUGGGUUUUAAUAGCAAUUUUGAAUUUGUAAGCUUAGUAGUUACAGAAAUUGAACACUAGGUGGCACUCAGUUAUCUAAACAUGUGAAAGUACUGAUAAAAUUGUUUUCUUUUACUAUGUGUAAGAAAUAUCCCAAACAUGCAAAGAUUGUUUUGAUCAUAUGCACGUAUGUAGAAUAUUUUUACAGAGCGGAAAGAUUGUUAAAAGUGUGAUUUUUAUUUUCAGAAGUCAUAUACAUGUAAGCUACAAUUUUGAGUGCUUUAUAAACACUUGAGAUAUAUAAAUGAAAUUUUAAUUUCAUAACAACUUGUAAAAA